CCUGCUACUCUUGUCGUCAUCUGGGGUAGAGUCUUGUCCUCUCCGUCGCCUCUCGUCAGUCGAUUGGCUCAUCGGCGUCGGCGAUGGAGUCCCUUGGCGUCCUCCUCACCUUCCCCAUGAACGCGUACCUCGAGUCUGAGCUCGCACGCCGCUGCAAGCUCUUUCGCCUGUGGGAGUCUCCGCCCGAGCGCCGCCAGGAAUUUAUCCGCUCCAACGCUGCGGCUAUCCGGGCGAUCGUAGGAAACAGCCAUGCUGGUGCCGACGCUGACACCAUAGACGCACUCCCCAAGCUCGAGAUCGUCUCCUCCUUUAGCGUCGGCCUCGACAAGGUCGACCUCGACAAGUGCCGGGAGCGGGGUAUCCGGGUCACAAAUACUCCCGAUGUACUCACCGAGGAUGUAGCCGAUCUUGCCAUCGGCCUUACUAUCGCCUUGCUGCGUCGCAUCUGCGUGACGGACCGCUUUGUCCGCAGCGGAGCCUGGGCGACCCAAGGGGACUACAGACUAACCACUAGGUUCAAUGGCAAAACAAUCGGUAUCAUUGGACUUGGCAGGAUUGGCAUGUCUGUUGCCAAGAGAGCAGAAGCCUUUGGCUGUCCUAUAAGCUACUACUCAAGGUCAGAGAAGCCAAACACAGGAUACAAAUACUACUCUAACCUUCUUGAUUUGGCUUCCAAUUGUCAUGUCCUCAUUGUGGCUUGCCCACUGACCGAUGAGACACGCCACAUCGUCAACCGUGAUGUCCUUGAUGCGCUAGGACCCAAAGGCGUGCUUGUGAACAUCGGGCGAGGUCCACAUGUAGAUGAGCCGGAGCUGGUGGCAGCACUGCGUGAGGGCCGCCUUGGUGGGGCUGCCCUUGACGUGUAUGAGCACGAGCCGCAUGUGCCAGAGGAGCUCUUUGGCAUGGAUAACGUGGUGCUGGUGCCUCAUAUCGGAAGUGCCACCAACGAGACUCGGGAUGCAAUGGCAGAUUUGGUCCUGCAAAACCUGGAGGCACACGUGAUGAACAAGCCUCUUCUGACACCCGUGGUGUGAUCAGAUCUCCUCAAGAUUGUUCUCUUUAGUCAAUCAAUCACCUAAUAACGUAACUGCAGUUGAGUCUGUGGAGCUCAACGACUCUUUUCAAAAGCAUUAGACCGAUUUGACUUGAUGUUUGCGCAGAAGACAAGGGGAAAAAAAAAUUCUGUAUUCAUCGUUCA